AUGGCCAUUCUAUCAGACAUCCUCACGCUAGACCUCCGCUCCAUCAUCGUGCUAUACCUGCCCAUUUCCCUUGCGAUAUACAUCGCCAUCUGGUCCGCCUACACACUAACUUUGCACCCGCUGUCGGAAGUCCCCGGACCCCUCUGGCCGUGCAUAUCCCGGACAUGGCUCAUGUACCACCACCACGCUGGUGACAUUGACACCGCUACUCGCACACUGCAUGCACGCUACGGCCCCAUAGUGCGCAUCGCACCAGACGAAGUCACCGUUGCGGAUCCCAGCGCUAUCCCACUCAUCUAUCGCGUGCAAAAGCCGCUGCAGAAAACAGACUGGUAUGUUCCGUGGCGGCCGCGGGGUCUGAGCAGCCAGCCCGAUUUGUUUACACAGACCAACGAGCAGGCGCAUGCAGCGUACAGAAGGAUAGUCGGGGGCGUGUAUUCAUUUUCAAGUAUUUCGAAGAAUGAAGCUGCGCUGGAUGAGACGCUGGAGCUUUUCAUGGAGAGACUGGGAGGCUUUGCGGAUCGUAGCGAGGCUUUUGAUUUUGGACUUUGGUUGGAAAUGUACUCAUUUGAUAACAUUGGUGUUGCAUUCUUUGGCCAGGCGUUUGGCUUUGUGCGUGAUAGCAUCGACUACAAUGGCUACAUCCAUGCUGUCCAUCUCGCAAUGCCCUUUCUCAAUCUGUUGACUGUCACGCCGUACUAUGCGCGUCCUCUGCUGCUUCUUGUCACUGUCUGUAUCCCGAAGCUGCUCAAGGCUGUGUUAGCGGUCGAGAACAUCAAAAAGACGGCAAUCGAAGAGACAAAGAUGGCGACUGAAAGAAGACGCGAUGCAACAGGAAAAAGACCAGAUGUGGUCUCUCAGCUGCUGGCUAUUGUGCAAGAAAAGGGGGAAAAGGUAAACUACUCGCACAAGGAGAUUGCGUCGGACAUGUGGGUGGGGAUCAUGGCCGGUGCCGACAGCACAUCAAUAAACAUGCGUUCCAUCAUGUAUUUCUUGAUGAAGCAUCCUGAAAAGCUUCAGAAAGCCCGCGCGGAAGUGGAUGCGGCGUUUGAGAAUGGGCUACUUUGGUCACCUGUGCAGUACAGCCAAGCAUCCACGCUCCCGUACCUGACAGCGGUAGUCAAGGAAGCAGAGCGAUUCUUUCCUGCAUUUUCAGUGUCCAUGCCGCGGUAUGCGCCCAGCGAAGGUCUCAGGCUGUGUGGCAAAUAUAUCCCAGCAGGCUACACGGCUGGGGUGAAUCCGGCCGUUGUUCAGCAUGACAUUGGUGUUUUCGGGGCGGACGCGCUCGAGUUUGAACCGGAGCGGUGGCUGGAGAGCGAAGAACGCACACGGGCGAUGGAUAAGGCCAUCCUCGCGUGGGGUGCUGGGACACGCACGUGCGUUGGUAAGCCUCUCGCUUUGACGCAGAUUUACAAAGUCACGGCAGAGACGCUGCGGCGGUUUGACUUUGAAAUGGCGCACGACCGGCCGUGGAAGAUAUGCAACUGCGGCUUCAAUGUCCAGACGGAUGUUGUGUGCAGGUUCAAGAAGAGGGACUUGAUUUUGGCGUGA